AUGGGCGACCACCUUCGCGUAGACGUCCUUAUUCUUGGUGCCGGACCGGCAGGUUUGAUGGCUGCCGCAUGGAUGGCCGUGACUGGGGUCCGGACACUGUUGGUAGAACGGAGGCCGCAAGGGACGCAGGACGGUCGCGCAGAUGGACUAGAAAGCCGGACAUUGGAAAUCUUGGACAGCUUCGGACUUGCCGACGAGAUUUGGGCUGAAGCGAACCACACGGUCGAGCUUGCGUUGUGGUGUGAUUCGGUCGACGGUCGCCUCCGAAGAGAGGAGAUCUCUGCAAAUACUGAGCCGGGGUGGUCCAGAUUCUAUGAAUCUACCCUCCGGCAGGGUAGGGUCGAGGAUCACUUGUUGAAGUUUAUGCAGUCGGCGAAACACCUCGACAUCAGACGAGCGACCAUCCCCACGACCUUGGAGAUUGAUUAUAGUACCAUUGAGGAUCACGCAACCUAUCCAAUCCGCGUGACACUGGACAAAAUCCCUCCAACAGAUUUUGUCAAGCCAAUGAAUUCAACGUCUGGCAGCGGCGCGAGCUCUCCGAGGAGCGAGGGCAGCGAGACCAGCGUGGCGUCUUCUGCGGGUGACUCGGCAAUCGCGGGACUGGAAACCGUCGUUGAAGCCAAGUAUGUUCUGGGAUGCGAUGGCGCCCAUAGCUGGCUCCGCAAACAACUCGGCAUCCGGCUGGAAGGACAAAGCUCUGAUUACCAGUGGGGUGUCGUGGAUUUCAUUCCCAUCACAGACUUCCCGGAUAUACGCAAACGAUGCAUCGUUAAAUCCCAAUACGGAACGCUGAUGGUGCUCCCGCGCGAGAAGCGCCUGGUCCGGGUAUACACUGAGCUGUCACCGAUGGCUUCUGCACAAUACGCGAUCCAGCAAACUCCCGAGGUCAUCAUGGAUCGCAUCGCGGAGAUCAUGCAGCCAUAUAUGAUAAAAACAAACCGGAUCAACUGGCACACGACUUACAAGGUACUUACUUCCAUUUCGAUGGUCUGUUGUGCAAAUGCUGAACAAGCCCAGGUUAGCCAGCGGAUCUGCCCAAAGAUCUCAGUGCACAACCGCCUCUUCCUGGCUGGCGACGCGAUCCACACCCACUCGCCCAAGGCAGGGCAGGGAAUGAACGUCAGCAUGCAGGACACAUACAAUCUGGGCUGGAAACUCGCUGCCGUGGCUCGUGGUGCCUCGCCGCCGGAUAUCCUAGCCACAUAUGCGCAAGAGAGACUCCCCAUUGCGCAACGGCUUAUCGAGUUGGAUCAACGCCUCUGUGGUGGCAUGUGCAGUAUGUCGCGCGGAAGAUUCGACGAGGGCUACAAGCGCGCUAUCCGAGAGGAGAAUACUUCGUUUUCUGGGCUCACCGCAACAUACCAACCAAACUUACUCAUUAGCCCGUCGUCAGAAGCUGGAGGCUCGAAGGGCGCCUCCUUUUACAGCAGGCCAUCUCUGGCCAGGGCUAUCAGGCUGGGAGCCCGGAUCCCCAGCAAACUGGUCCUGAAUCAGAGCGACUCGCAAGCCUGCCAUCUACAACAACGCUUCCCCAGUACCGGGCAAUGGAAUCUGAUCAUUUUCGGGGGCGAUAUUUCUAAGAUUGAACAGAUGACUCGCGUCAAUCGCUUAGCGGAAGCACUCUCUCACCCAGCCUCAUACUUCCAGCAACUGAACAAGGCCAGCAGGGCAAGAGACGGCGUCGGUUCAGUUGAAGUGUACCUGGUACAUUCCGCAAACAGAAACAGGAUCGAUCUUUUCCGUCUGCCGGAAAUCUUCCGUCCCUGUCUCGAGGACGGGGGUAUAGACUAUAGCAGGGUGAUGGCGGAUAAUGAAUCAUACCACCAUCCUGGAGGAGGGGAGCUCUAUACGUCCUUUGGCAUAGACCCAGAAGGUUGCAUGGUUUUAUUGCGGCCUGAUCAGCAUGUCGCCUUUUUGUCUACUAUAGAUGAUGUGCACGGCAUGGAAGGCUUUUUGCGUUCAUUUACUUGCCUGUGA